AUGGCAGCUCUUCUGACCAGUUAAAGACGGAGAAGGUGACCGAAGGCUCAGCCCCCCCGGGGGCUCGGAGGGGAGGGGGAAGACGGAGCUUGAAAGACUUGGUAAUGGCGACGGGUUUGGUAAGUAGGAAAGUUUCGGCUGAGGAGCGAGCGCGACGGUGGGAGUCGCGGCGCGCGCCGGGGAGGCGGGCGGCCGUCCGGGGCCGCGCGGGCAAGCCGCCGGUGAGGCUGUCGCCUCGGGCGGCCCGCGUCGUGGCGUCGGAGCACCAUAACAUGGUGUGGGAAGUAAAGACAAAUGAGAUGCCUAAUGCAGUACAGAAACUCCUGCUGGUGAUGGACAAGAGAGCUUCGGGGAUGGAUGACUCACUCGAGUUGCUGCAGUGUGAGGAGAACUUGCCGUCCUCUCCAGGAUACAACUCCUGCGAUGAGCACAUGGAGCUGGAUGACCUUCCUGAACUUCAGGCUGUUCAAAGUGAUCCUACCCAAUCUGCCAUAUACCAGCUAAGUUCAGAUGUGUCCCAUCAAGACUAUCCAAGACCGUCUUGGAGCCAGGAUACCUCAGACAUAUCGGAAAACACUCACCGUGAAGAUGAGGUGGACUGGCUGACAGAAUUAGCAAAUAUUGCUACUAGCCCACAAAGCCCUCUUAUGCAGUGCUCGUUUUAUAACAGAUCGCCUCCUGUACACAUCAUAGCUACUAGCAAAAGUUUACAUUCCUAUGCACGCCCACCACCAGUGUCCUCCUCUUCAAAGAGCGGGCCAGCCUUUCCUCAUGACCACUGGAAGGAAGAAACUCCAGUGAGGCAUGAACGGGCAAACAGUGAGUCAGAGUCUGGCAUUUUCUGCAUGUCCUCCCUGUCUGACGAUGAUGACCUGGGCUGGUGCAAUUCCUGGCCUUCAACUAUUUGGCACUGUUUUUUGAAAGGCACGCGACUGUGCUUCCAUAAGGAAAGCAGUAAGGAAUGGCAAGCUGUUGAAGACUUUGCUAGAGCCGAAGGCUGUGAUAAUGAGGAAGAGAUUCAAAUGGGCACUCACAAGGGCUAUGGUUCUGAUGGUCUAAAGUUGUUAUCCCAUGAAGAGAGUAUAUCAUUUGGUGAGUCUGUACUGAAGUUGACUUUUGAUCCUGGUACAGUAGAAGAUGGCUUGCUUACUGUGGAAUGUAAACUGGAUCACCCUUUCUAUGUUAAAAAUAAAGGUUGGUCAUCAUUUUAUCCAAGCUUGACUGUGGUACAGCAUGGCAUUCCAUGUUGUGAAAUUCAUAUUGGUGACAUAUGUCUACCUCCUGGACACCCUGAUGCCAUUAAUUUCGAUGAUUCAGGUGUUUUUGAUACAUUUAAAAGCUAUGACUUCACCCCCAUGGACUCCUCUGCGGUUUACGUCCUGAGCAGCAUGGCUCGCCAGCGCCGCGCGUCUCUGUCCUGUGGAGGACCCGGGAGUGCUCAGGAGUUCGCGGGCUCCGGGUGCAGAAAAGGCUGUGGCUCCCCUGGGUCAGCACAGCUCUCCUCUGAUCCUCUGUAUGCGAAAGCUGUCAAAAGCCACAGCUCGGGGACUGUGAGUGCCACUUCUCCUAAUAAGUGCAAAAGACCAAUGAAUGCCUUCAUGCUGUUCGCCAAAAAAUACAGAGUUGAGUACACUCAGAUGUACCCAGGGAAAGAUAACAGAGCCAUUAGUGUCAUCCUUGGUGACCGGUGGAAAAAGAUGAAGAACGAGGAGAGGAGGAUGUACACAUUAGAAGCCAAGGCUUUGGCUGAAGAACAAAAGCGCCUAAACCCUGACUGUUGGAAAAGGAAAAGAACCAACUCGGGCUCUCAACAACAUUGAACCUGAUGCUUGUGUUUGUAAAUCUAUGUCUGCAUAAGUACUGACUCUGGAUGGAAAAGCUUGGAAGACCUUGGUCUCACCAUUUGUCCUGAAUUUGCGUGACCAUAAGAUACUGAUAGCAUUGAGUCCUGAAAUGAUUUAAUGAGUGAGGAUUUGCUUUCUCCAUUAGAGCAUUAAGUAAGCUACAACUAUCAACAUUGUAAACCAAAUUGCCUUAUUUUCCUUCCAAACUUCAUAUAUGUCUAUCAGGUAAUAUAGGCUUGAAAAUUGAUAUCCUGUGGUGCUAAAGUACAGUAGAAAGCCCUGUAUACAUGUCUUAUUUUAAAUUGUAAGAAGGGGAAUUAAAACUAUGUAACUGCUGUCCAUAUAUCAGCUCCUUACUGCUUAUUAAUCUGUAUUGUACCCAUGAUAUCAGGAAGGAAGUAGACGCUGGCCUUUUCUUGAGUAGCCACCACAUGGCCCAGCAUCUGUGCCAAACACAGUCGCUUCUAGUCUGGCCAGUGCCAAGAGACAACAUGACAUGGCAGGUAGGUGGUGGCAUUGUCCUAGCUAAAAGAGCCACCUGCUUGGGGAACUCAGGCUUGUGCUGAGUGGCGGCCCCAGGGGGCAGCCCUCCAUGAUUUCCAGUGGGGGCCAAACUGACCAGGGUGCGGUCAGUCUCUAGCAAUGGGACAGUCACUGUAAUGGUGCUCUUAACAGUCGACACCGUUGUAUGCCAGUGUGUUCUCCAUCUCCUCCACCACACCACACGCAUGCUGUCAUCGCGUCUAUGUGGGGCAGACUGCACUCACUGCAGUGCCUGCCGGCCGCCGCCCUCUCCUCCUGCAGCUUCUGGACAGAGCGAGCGCUUUGUGCGGAGUUUGCUCUGCGCUACAAUCAUGGCUUCUCAUGUUACUUACCAAGUGGUAUUUUUGGUUAGGAAUCACAGUUGUAAAAUUGAUUUCAGUUGAUCACACUUCUACAUGUUGCCCCUCAAUUUUGCACACUAUAUUCUUGUAUAUUAUUUGAAAUAAAAUGGAAAAAGUCUCUGA